AUGGUAGCAAUUGAUGCGAAUCUGAAUGCGCUCAAGGUGGUGCCUGCGGUGGAGAUAACAGCGGAAGACGACAUUGCCUUAUACCACCAAUACGUUCAUUUGCGGCAGAAGACAAAGGAGGAUGAGGAGGAAACGCGUGCCCUGGCAACUAAGUCUGUCACCGCAGGUAGCGUGCAGUGCAGUAUCAAUGAAGCCAAGCCAACUCAUGUUGCCUUCUCCGCCACCCGAACACAGGCGAAUCGCAUCUUUCUGCUUUACCACUUGAAUAAUAACCGAACUAUAUUUGGUGGCGAGCUGAUGCGCUGGAUGGAGAAACAUGCUGUUCACUGUGCCAGCAUGUUCACAGGCAACCGUAACGUGUACACAGUGGGUAUGUACACUGUAGAGUUUCGUCAGCCUGUGUUUGGCACCGACUGGGUUCAGCUCGAAGCCGACAUUGUAUACGUUCAUAACACGACGAUGGAGGUGGGUGUGAAACUUACGGUAGAACGUGAGGGACGCGUUGUGAUCACGAACCAGGCCUCCUUCGUGAUAUAUAACUCCAACGAGAUUGGGCAGAAAAUCACCGUUCCCAAAGGACUGGAAUUAUCAGGUGCCUCAGAGGAGGAACUACUGCGCUUUGCCCAGGCGAAGGAACGGUAUUGGCGUCGUCGGAAUCUCAGCUGA